AUGAACACAGCCCCCCAAUCUCUGAAGGUACUGCUCACAGGCGGUGCUCGAGGCGUCGGACGUGGCCUCUUCCGACAACUCCUUAGCUCAGGCCAUAAUGUCGUGAUACUAGAUUCAAAUAAGCAAGAACUAGACCACGUCAAAGACCGGGCGCAAGAGUGGUCAAAUGGAGGCAAGGAAAGGUGGCAUGCAAUCCACUGCGACCUCAGCAAGCGUAACGAGAUGAAAGCUGCUGUAGAAGAGGUCGGGCAACGAUUUGAUGGGAAGCUAGAUGUUUUGAUCAACAAUGCUUUUCCAACAGACCUGGUCAUCUCAAAGGAUCGAAGGAUGGAAGCCGAGGGCGAUGAGAUGGAGCAAGAGUGGGAUUUAAAGAUCGCAAUCGGUCUCACAGCGCCAUUCAUCCUUAGCCGCCUAUGUGUGCCGCUGCUCGCCGCCGGACGCUCCACGCAGCGGUCCCCAGGCAGCAUCAUCAACAUCUCCUCUACACGCGCCUACCAAUCCGAGUCUGAUCAUGAAGCCUACUCUGCUGCCAAGGCUGGACUUCUGGGACUGACACAGUCGAUGGCCGUAUCACUUGGACACCGCCACAAUAUCAGAGUCAAUGCCAUCGUUCCGGGUUGGAUACACGUCAUGGAUGAGAACAAAGCAGCAGAUGAAAGCGGAGCCCUGUGGGAAGAUGACUUGACACCUGCUGAUGCUACAUGGCAUCCAGUCUGUAGGGUUGGCAGAGUGGAACAUGUUACGAGGGCAGUAGAGUAUCUUGUUGGCAACGAGUUUGUUACUGGGCAAGAGAUUGUUGUCGAUGGUGGUGUGGGAAGAAAAAUGGUAUAUCCAGAUUAAAGAAACCCACAGGGUACUCCGGUAUACUUACAAUGGUGUAUGUACAAAACUGUACGCA